AGGAGCAGCCCCGGACCCCCAGAGCCGCCUGGGGCCCCCAGAGCCGCCCGUUCCCCGUUUGGAAGCAGGAACGAAGGCAGUCCCUGCGUGUGCCGAGGUACGUGACUUAAGGUUGAAGAGCAUUUUCCAACUACCUGUCUUGUGCAUUGCUAAAAUAUAAAAGAUUCCACAGCUGCCUGGUCCCCUUGUUGUUGAGACCUAAACAACCUGCAGGACACUGGUUGGCUGCUCAGACUAACAGAGCAUUUAAACAACUCUCCAGUGAGGUCACACACUCCAGCUCACCUGAGGGUGUCCUGAUCCGUGAAGAGAGAGGAGCAGGAAGAAUGGGGGAAGAAAGAGCCCAGGGAUCUGGAUCUUUGACCCUGGCUGAUGAACUCCACAUAAAGCCACUGUGUGAAGGGAAGGGGGACUCAGACAAAGAAUCAAUGUUAAAUGGCACUGCGGGGCAGUUUAACCUCGAGGCUGCGAUUAAAAGUGUUGACAAAAUGUCCAGCGAGUUGAAGAAGCUGAAUGUGGAAAGCCAGCUCCUGCUUUGUGACCUUAUUCUGAAUUUCAACCAUCCUAUAAAGGCCAAAGGCUUACGAGAAGCUGAAGAAAAGACCUGGAGUUUGACAGAUUAAACAUCCAUUUUCUUGUAUUGUCUUCUAUUAAUACUGCUGAAGUUUCUUUUUUUUUUUUUCUUUUCCUCUUUCUUUUUCUUCU